CCAUUUUUGCCAUUAUCUCCCUCUCUCUCUCUCUCUCACGCUCUCGUUUUGUUUCAACUCAUUCUCUCUCUGUAGUCUGUCCCUUUGCGAGCAAAUUCCUGGUUCAAUUAGGUUUUCUGCGAUUCAAAGAGUAUUUCGUUGAUCUUUCUUCGGUUUAUGAUGAUCGGGAAAGAAGUGGAGUGAAAUCUUGGAUAGAGAGAAUAGGAAGUGAGUGGAGACAGAGAGAUCGAGUUGGAGAUCUGAUGUGUUGGUGGCCGCGGAAAUGAGCGCCUCCAGGUUCAUCAAGUGCGUGACGGUCGGUGACGGCGCUGUUGGCAAAACUUGUAUGCUGAUUUCCUACACUAGCAACACUUUCCCAACGGACUAUGUGCCAACUGUUUUUGACAAUUUUAGUGCAAAUGUGGUUGUGGAUGGGAGCACUGUGAACUUAGGAUUAUGGGAUACAGCCGGUCAGGAGGAUUACAAUAGGCUCAGACCUCUGAGCUACAGAGGGGCAGAUGUCUUUAUUCUUGCGUUCUCGCUCAUUAGCAAGGCCAGCUAUGAAAAUGUUGCCAAGAAGUGGAUUCCAGAACUAAGGCAUUAUGCACCUGGCGUUCCUAUUAUUCUGGUUGGGACAAAACUUGAUCUCCGUGAUGAUAAACAGUUCUUUAUAGACCAUCCUGGUGCAGUGCCUAUUACAACUGCUCAGGGAGAGGAACUGAGGAAACUAAUUGGAUCUCCUGCCUACAUCGAAUGCAGUUCAAAAACACAGCAGAAUGUAAAGGCAGUUUUCGAUGCGGCUAUUAAGGUAGUCCUCCAGCCCCCAAAGCAAAAGAAGAAGAAAAGAAAGUCACAUAAGGUUUGCUCCAUAUUGUGACCAGAGGAACCAGUAGUUACCGCAGAAAGAUUGCUCUGUCAUCUUUGUGGCAGUUGCCACACCCUCACUUAUUCCUUCUGAAGGAGCAAGCUUUGUUGUAUAGUGUCCCAGUGUCCACUGACAUUCUAGGAAUUUCUGUUGAAGAAACAGAUGGUUUGUGUAUCAUUCACUUAUUUUUAUGAUCUUUUAUUUGAUGACCUGCAUUCCUUGUUAACAUGUACACCACCACAUGUUUAGAUUUGUCAUGUGUUAGAACUUAGAAUGAAUGUAUGUGUACUCUAGAAUCCUUUCUAAACUGCUUCGGGUUGUAAUUUGUAAACAUGAUAAUCUGAUGCUUUCUGCUAAUUUAAGCAGAUGAAUAGGAUAAGUUUAAAUUUGUGAAAGAACCAACGAG